AUGGGAUCCUACAAAGUUCUUUUGGGUUACACUUCAAUUUAUGAGCUCUCUUUUGCUAUUCUGGAUAUUAUUAUAGCACCUGUAAGUUAUCAAAAUAUUUAACAAGAACAAAUUAUAAUCUUCAGAGCUGCUUCACAUUUGAUUCAAUGCUUGUUCUUUACGCAACCAACAUAUAUUUCUCACCAAAAACAAUGAGAAUUUUAUUGCCAUGUUAUACUGGAAUGUUUGGAAUAUCUUUAGGAAUUUUUCCAGUCUUAUUCAUCUAUCGUUUUCUAGUUUUAACAAAAAACAAAUCUUUAAUAACAUUUGAAUCAAGAAUAAUAUUGUUUUGGUUGUUUAUUCCAUUGCUAUUUGGCUUCAUGUUUGGUGCAACCACUCGCAUUCUGGCUGCACCUCAUGAUAUUAAAACUCAUCAUUUUCAAAAAUAUCUUACAAGUUUGUCAGGAAUUCCUAGAGGGAAUAUCACAUAUUUGAGUGUUUUCUUUGAGUCAACAAAUGCACAAUACACAAAAAUAUGCUCGGAAUCAAUACUUGCCAUAAUAUUGAUGAACAUUCUUGUUGUAAGAAUGCAUAUUGACUCCAGUUUGAUAAUCUUUUAAAUUCCAGAUUUACUCACUUAUCCUAAUUAUACACUUUGGAAUAAAGUGUUAUAACUUGAUAAGUAAAAACUUAAAUUCAUCCAACUUAUCUCAAGAAUGUCGAAAUAUUCAAACUCAGUUUUUUUAUGCAUUAGUUGUUCAAACAAUAAUUCCUAUUGUUCUCCUUCACUUUCCGGCUGCAAUUACUUUGCUAUCAGCAGUUUUCAAUAUCGAUUUAGGGUUUAUUAGUGGGAUUCCGAUAAUUACGCUUGCAAUAUUUCCAGCCGUUGAUCCACUUCCAACAAUUUUUAUUAUCAAAAGUUAUCGAAAUGCUACGAAAUGUGAGAUUUAUUGAAAACUACGUCAUAAUUAUUCACAUUUUCAGGCAUUAUGCUAUCGUUGUUUAGAUUUUUGAAAAAAUCACAAGUAUCAUCACAGGAACAUUGAUUCAAACAAAAUAUGUAAUUUUUAAGAGAGCUUGAGGAAAAAAUAUUUCCGCAAGCACAACAAGAAAAUUCUACAAGAAAUCAAUACAGUAUGCUGAAAAAGUUCAACUUCGAAGAAGUCCUACAUAGAUCAACAACAUAUUUUUAUGGAAAAAAAACUUCCUACACAUCCUUAUUCAUCUGAAAAACAUGUUAAUCCAGUCUUAAUCCACGCCAUAGCGCAAAAACAUUGUUGUUUGAUCUAACCAUUGAAAUAAAAUCUAUGUAUCUUCAGACUAGAAAACAUUCUUGAUUUUUUUGAGUCAAAGUAGUGGAAUUUGAAUCAUCAGAUUAAUUUUCAAAUCUUUGUUUCUGAAAACAAAUCUAUGAUUAUUUUUUUUUUAAAUCGCGAUCAAUAUAAAACGUGAAGUUGUUUGUUUUGAUUCUUGCUUCAAUUCUCUCAUUGUUAUUGUCAUUUCAAUUUUAGAGUUGAUUUUCACAAACUUUACAAUGUUCGCUAGACAAAAAAGAGUUUAGUUGAGAUCUGAAAAGAAAUUCAAAGUACGAAGCCUCAUAAGCUUAAGCUGGAUAUUAAAUAACUAGAAAUUUCUUCUCCAUUCCAUUUUUAAUUAAACUCUAGACAAAAAGAAGUAUCUGCGUUGCUAGAUUUCUCAAUAUAUUUUUAUUUCCAAUUCUAACAAUUGCUCAAUUUUCCGAAUGAUCAAAUCCAAUGACACAUAUAUUUUAUCCGGAUAUCUGGUUCAACGAAUCGCUUCGAUGGCGUCAAUUAUUCUGAAUAGUUUUUUGAUAAUGCUGAUAUUUUUCAAGUCAAAGAAAUGCAUGGGUUUUUAUAAAGUUCUUCUACUUUUCGCUUCAAUAGUUGAACUGAUGUAUUCUGUUUUGACUAUAAUUGUAAUGCCUGUGAGUUCCUACAUAUGUAUUUCUUAAUUAACAAAUUUAAAGAAACGAUAAUCAAUUUUUUUCAGAAAUCAUUUUUAUUAGAUUCAACACUUAUUUUAUACAUGGAAAACUCAUAUCUCGUCUUUUUUUCAGAAAUCAUUUUUAUUAGAUUCAACACUUAUUUUAUACAUGGAAAACUCAUAUCUCGUCUCAAAGACAAUGUUUUUCUUAUUGGCACUGUUUUGCGCAAUGUUUGGACUAUUAUUAGGGCUUUUGCCAGUUGUAUUUAUAUAUCGAUAUUUGAUAUUAUCAAGAAGCAAAUUAAUAAAAACAUUUGAGUCAAGAUCGGUAUUUCUCUGUUUAUGUAUUCCUAUAAUAUUCGGAUUUGUCUUUUCUGAAGUCACAUAUCUUUUAACUAUACCUGGAUACAACACAGGUCACAUUGAAUCAUAUUUGAUUGAGUUUUUAGAUAUCCGUAAAGAGAAUCUAAUAUACUUUUGCUUCUAUUUCAAAACAACAAUUGUGCAAGAUAAUUUUUUUCAAGGAGAAGGAGUUGCCGUAUUUUUGAUGAAUAUUCUUUUGGUGAGUUACACAUAAUUUACAAUUAUUUCACAUUUGCAAAAUAAACUAUUGUCAUCCAAAAAAAUGAAGUUUUCAGAUUUCAUCCUUGAGCUUCAUGUUAUAUUUUGGAUUUCAAUGCUAUGAAUUCAUGCGUAAACAAUUCAUCAAAGAUUCAAAUACAUCAAGAUUCUCCCCAGAAUAUCGUGACAAUCAAGUUCAAUUUUCCCAUGCGUUGAUUGUUCAAACUAUUAUUCCACUGCUUUUUAUUUAUUUUCCAGCUGCGAUUAUUUUCAUAUCAGCAGUUUUUCACAUAAAUCUAGGAUUCAUCAGUAAUGUGGCAACAAUAACAAUUUCGAUAUUUCCAGCGAUUGAUCCAAUUCCAACUAUUUUUGUUAUUAAAAGUUAUCGAGAAUCUACGAAAAGUGAGAAUUCAGCAAAAACCUAAUCGAAAAUGCUUCAAUUUUCCAGGCAUUUUGCAAUCUGUUUUUACAUUUUGGAAAAAAUCAAACGCCCCCACAAUCAAUUCACGUACUUGA